UAGUGAGCAAUUGUAGAAACACCUUCAUUGGGAGUAGCAGAGCGCGCUAUCAGCUGAUGCGAGUAUCGCGAAAAUAUUAGCAGCUUAGUAGUACAGCGCUGGUUUCCAGCAGAUGCGCGUUCAAGACGACGAUCAGUUUGAAAACGACUUUCAUGCGCAGCGGACGUGCAAACGGAAACAUUCGAACAGCCGUGUCGAUUGAGUAGCACCUUGUAGAAAAAAUUCAAUAGUUUGUAAAAAAACAGUGAUGAAAUUUACAAACGUGAAAGCAACAUUCAAUUAACAAGCCGAAGGUGACAGUCAGAUUAUUGCCGCCGAAACGCUGACGAAUAACAGCAACGACGCUAAUAAAGAUAAAAAUAAAAAAAAACGAACUCAUACGUACAUACAUAUGUAUAUGUUCAAAGGCGAGUGACAAGUGCUUGCCGCCUGCCGCAGCAUCUCUGAAUGCCAGAAAAGCCAGUGGUGGUCGAAGAAGAGUCAAAGCUAAAAAAAAAAAAAAUAAACUAAUAUUUGUACAUUCGCGCUGAAAAAAAAAAUCAAUUGAAAGAAAAGGAGAAAAUAUCCAAAAUCGAGAUUGUACAGAGUACAAAGGAAAACCGAAGCAAAGGUAAAACUCGUGAAUAGUGAAUUGUGAAGUGGAGUUGGAACUAGCUGUAGCUAUCUACUCGAUUGUAUACAGGUAAUAUUGCCGCAACGCAUUAGCGUUAGUGUACUGGAAAGUUUUCCCCCAUCGAAUAUGGUGUCUUGAAUUAAAAAAACAAAAAAAAAACAAAAAAAAAACAAAAAAGAAUAACAAAACAUUUGGAGUGAUUGAUAUUACUUGUUGAAUAUUUCAACCAAAUACAUUUUAUUGCAAUUCAAUUAAAAAUCGUCGCGAAGCCCUUACAACGCGAUCACUUUAAAAAAAAAGGAAAACAACAACGCAAAUAACCAAAACGUGUGGAAGUGAGGGAAAACGGAGCGUACCGUAAAAACGCAACCAAGUGAGACAAAGUAUUUUGCUGGCGAGUUAUACGAUAGGGCUGCUACCAGUGGCUAUCCGAGAACGUUACAUAAAUCUGAAACUCGACGCUUUCUAGCCCACAAUUGUCACAAUAUAAAUACAAAAAUCAAACAUUCACAACAUCGCACAUUUUGCAGCUGAACUUAAAAAAGAAAAAAACAAAAAAACAACCAACAAACAAAAAUCCGCCAAGUGCGAACGAAAAAAAUGCACGCCAGUAAGCUGGAGGCGACAACAAUGCAAACACCAUUGACAGCUGGUGCAACCAGUACAAAACUGGAGCAACACUCCAAGCCCAUACUGAGCCCAACACGAUCCCUUGACGAAGGUUUCGAAAGUGAUCCGGAUCGGGUGUCCACCGAUUCAGAGCACCAAACAAGUGGAACGAGUUGCAGUAGCGGCAGCAACAACAGCAGUCAGAACAAUAGUAGUCAAAUCAAUAGCAACAGCAACAGCAAUAGCAACGUUCACAGAAGCGGUGUUGUUGCAAAGCAGAGUGCCGGCUCAACGCUUGCGCAGCUUUCGUCGGCGGCGACGGGUGGCCUAACGGCAACAACGGCAUCAGCUUCGGCAUCAAAUAUGCCAACAACAACUAGCACGGCUGGUUCAUCUGGCGUGUCCACAGUAGCCGCGUCGAAAGCAAGCAGCAAAACUGCAAAUUUGCACAAGCAACGCUUGCUGACAAUGGUUGCACCGCCGUCUCAAAUUACAAGACGUCACCCGGCGAUAAGUGUGGCACCUGCUGCCGCCCCUGCCAGCGUCACCAACUGCCUCUCCACUGGCACGGGAGCUGGAGCUGGAGCUGACAUGAAACAUACACCAGAUACAGCAAUGGAUAAAUUUCACAAAGAACUGGACUUGCAACAGCAGCGACGCGGCUCAGCUGAAUCCGUGCACAAUUCACAUAAUUAUUUGGCAGUAAGUAACAGCAAUGGGACCAGCAACACCAACAGCAGCUGCAGCGGCAACGCCAAUAAUAUCAAGCACCAGUCCGCCACUCAAUAUCGCACAGGAUCGAACUUGGCAGCGCUCACCGCAAAUGUGGCACGCGCCAGCGUUGCUUUGACGACGCCUACCAACAGCGCCGGCGCCUCCCCACAGCCCAUGCAACGUCUACAGUAUCAGAAGCAGCGCCAGCCAAUGGUGGCCUCCGCUGCCGGCCACCAGACAGUGCACAAUCAUCGCUUCACCCCCGGCGGCAGCGGUGUCGGCGGGGGUGUGCCCAGCGGAUUUCGACGUGCACGCACGCGCGCCAUGUCUCCAGCAGUGAUGAAAGGGCCGCUGAGCGGCACGCACAGCAGCAGCAGCAGCAGCAACAACGCCGUUGGGGGGCCUGUUGGUGGCAUGCAAGUACACGCUUCACGCACUCUGCUAUUGCCGCGCAGCGCCAAUGUGCGCUCACAUUCCGUUGAUGCCAUUUCACGUCAUCGCCAUGGCUAUGACCCUGCCAAUGCGCUCAUACUCAAACACGAGGGCGGCGGCAUUACCAGCAGCGGCGUGCAUAGCGGCCACAGCUUGGGUGGCUCGAUUGGGGUGUCGAGCAACAUGGCUACAAAUACCCGCAUGAUGAAUUACAAAUACACCAGCGGAGCGAUGGGAGUAGGGGCAGGCAGCCCGGCCGCCGGCCAAGCCCUGCUGGUGCAACCUAUUUCGAGUGUGACAUUGUCGGCUAGCAAUGCGACAGCUUCGCUGCCAGCCGCCACCACAGUGCUCAAUACGGCAAGUGUCGGCGAUGCCGCUGCUGCAUUGGUAGCAGCAGCUGGUGGAUCGCCGGUUAUCGCUUCGGCCACCAACAGCCUGUACACCUUCUACCCAGCCGAAGGCAAUCUGCAAGUGUGGCAGUCAGAGUGCGGCGACCUCACAUACAAGUCGUCGCGAAAUCAACACACGCACAAGGCGCCGGUCUGCUGGACACAAUCUAUACCAAGGCAAACGAGACGUUACAUCACACCAGCGAAUGCUCCCAAUGCCAAUGGUACCACUAGUCUCAUCUACCCCUCCUCCGGCGGACAGAUGUACAGGGUGCAUCCGACCACCACUGUGGCGAACAACUCUACAUCAGCGCAGUCGAUUGCUGGCAGCAACAAUAGUCACACCACCAGCAAUAACAACACUAACAACGCCUGCAUGGACGUAGUGGAUGGUCAUCACAGCGAAGGUGGAUGUGUCAGCAGCGGAGGCAGGGACAGCAACUCGUCAAGUGGAUUCUCGCAACGACUGCGGGAGCUGGCCGCUUCCGCGGGCCUCUUAUCGCUGAAGCCACGCCAACCGCUGAAGCCAGUCAUAAAGACGCGCGGCUCACCAGGUCCGGAGUUUCCGAAGAAGGUCACAUUCAGUGCCUUUGCCACAGUUCAAGUGGUGUAGAAAGGAGACGAACGAUGGCUACUAGUACGCUAGCUAGAAAUUAUGGGUGACCAAUAGCAUUUCGUGCGUUGAUGAUGACUACUUGCUUUUGGUACAUUGUUGUUGUUAUUUAUAAUUGUUCAUUUUUUUGUUUAAUGUGACUGUAAACUAUGUAAAAAUUUGUAAAUGACGAGGAUCGCCGCUGCAGUUAUUUUAUGUGUGUGUAUAUAUAAAAACAUUUAAUAAG